AAGUGGCAACAGGCAUGUCCAGCAGCGUCUUCGGGGAUCCUCCUCCAGGGACGGACUUGACAGCCAGCCGGCGUGGAGUGAACAACGCAGCUGUUAGUGUCACAUACGUGCUGCCGGCCAUCGCCAUUGCCUUUCGAUUUCUCGCGAGAACGCGGGUGCAACAAGCUUCCAUUGCCGCGGAUGAUUGGAUGAUAGUUGCUGCUUUGCUGUCUGUGACUGCGAAUUUCGUCUCCACCAUUAUCGGAGGCUAUUAUGGCCUUGGAAAGCAUGUAUGGGCUAUACCCCUAGACGAUGUGAUCAAGGUGGUGCAGAUUCUGUUCGCAUAUGUCCUCAUAUACGUCGUUACCGUGCCCUUGAUCAAGCUCUCGGUCAUCCUCUUCUACCGUCGCAUUUUCGGAAUGAACAAGGCGAUGUGGUUCUGCGUCGCAUUGACCAUCGGAUAUUGGUUUUCUUGCACCGUCGCCUUCCUCGUCUGUUGCCGACCUGUCUCAUAUUAUUGGACGCAGUAUGCUGAUCCCGCUGGCGGCCGUUGCGUCUACAAUCUUUAUCCAUUCUAUAUUGGGAACGCCGCUGCAAAUGUGACCACGGACGUGAUCAUUCUGCUGGUGCCCAUGCCACUUAUCUGGAGGCUUCAAAUGCGAACCACCCAGAAGGUUUUGGUUUGCAGCAUUUUUCUACUUGGCAGCUUUGUCUGCGUGGCGAGUCUCAUUCGAAUCUAUUACAUGACGUUUCUUAGCAGGUCCGUGGAUAUCACCUGGAUCAUGGGUAAUGUCUUCAUCUGGUCCAGUGUGGAGCCGUGCAUCGGAAUUGUCUGUGCCUGUCUGCCUACCUUGCAACCCCUGCUGCGGUACACCAUUUAUAGGAUAUUCGGCUCGCGUGUGGGAAAGUAUCUGGGUAGCUCGGAGAAAAAACUUUCCGGUCAAAAUAAGGAUGCUCCCGUGAGGAGGCCCAGGGAUUGGGACGAAAGUCUGCUUGCAACACAGACUGUUCGAGUUGAGAUGGACUCUAUGCGCAGGGAAGACGAGAGUGAAGAAGGCAGAAUCCUGGUUGAAACCGACUUCCAAGUGAUCGAGGAGAGCAAAAGAGCGUUAUAAUAGCACUGGCAUAAUACGGAUGACAAUUCCGUGGUGUCACUCUAAAUGUAGCUGGGCGAGUGGCAGUUGAUCAUCGUCAGGGUUUCCAGCUAGAUGGCACGCUACAAAUAGAACAGUGAUCCAAAAGUAGACAUGAACACA